GAUUAUUUUAGGAAGAAAACAGACUGGGGAAAAAAAUGAAGUUCCAUGUCUUCGUAUUUGUUGGCGUUGUUCACUUUUUAUCCCUGAGCUCUGGGAAAGCUGUAUAUGGGAAUGGCGUCUCUCAGAGGACUUUUCAAGAAAUAAAAGAAGGAAUAGCCUGCUAUGGAGAUGCUGCUAAAGCAAUCAUCAACCUUGCUGUUUAUGGUAAAGCCCAGAACAGAUCCUAUGAGCGAUUGGCACUUCUGGUUGACACUGUUGGACCCAGACUCAGUGGUUCCAAGAGCCUAGAAAAAGCCAUCCAAAUCAUGCACCAAAACCUGCAGGAAGAUGGGCUGGAGAAUGUCCACCUGGAGCCUGUCAAAAUACCCCACUGGGAAAGGGGAGAAGGGUCUGCUGUGAUGCUGGAGCCGAGAAUUCACAAGAUGGCCGUUUUGGGGCUUGGCAGCAGCAUCGGGACGCCCCCAGAAGGCAUUACAGCAGAAGUUCUGGUGGUGACCUCUUUCGACGAACUGCGGAGAAGGGCCCCAGAAGCAAGAGGGAAGAUUGUCGUUUACAAUCAACCUUAUACCAACUACUCGAGGGCAGUGCAAUACCGCGUCCAGGGGGCGGUGGAAGCUGCCAAAGUGGGGGCUUUGGCAUCCCUCAUUCGAUCGGUGGCUUCCUUCUCCAUCUACAG